CUCAGCGCGUCUUUAUAUAGCCUCUGAGAUGACGUCAUAACGAGAUGUUAUCAGCGCUUCGAACUUGUGCUUAAAGUGAUAGGAGCCGUUUUCUUCAUAGACGCUGUGAAACUAAGUAUUUAUGUUUAUGGUUUUCAAGUUAUGAUGGUUUUAGUUUGCUGUUUGAUGUGGAAUUACUUUACUCGUAUGAAGGUAACCCUGGUAACGUUGCUGUGCAUUAAUAAACAUAUGACGCUAAUGGUAGGCUAAUAUUAUACUACUAGUUUAUGCAAAAUCCGUAGAGCAAAAAAUAGUUUCAUGUGCAGUAUAUCAGUAUAUUAUAAUAAACAUAUUUCGUUAAUUUCAGUAUUUUUUUACUUUGUGCAUACUGUUCUCUCAAAUGUUUCCUAACAAUUCACACUGGAAAAGUGCAUAAAAUAAAAUGGAAGAUAACAAAUUGAAAAUGUCUUUAAACACAGUUUGGAUGCAUGUUAACACCACCGGACACAGAUGGCUGAUAAACACGUUUGUUUUAAGUUAGCCACUAUUUCACAGAACAAAUAACUCUACAUCACAUUUGACAAUCACAUUAUACAACUCUGGAAUCUGAAUAUUGAGAAAACUUGAGUCCAUUCACUCACAAAAUAAAGUCUUUAUAAUAUUUAAUAAUAUAAUAAUUUUGACCCAUUCAAUGUAUUUUGGGAUUUUACUAAAAAAUGUUUCUGUGCUACUUAAGACUGGUUUUGUGAUCCAGGGUCACAAAUAUGUUUUUUGUGUUGUUGUUUUUUUCUUCAUACAGUAAUUAAGUUUAUUUAAAAAAUCUAGUACUUUUCCAUUUCUUAAAGAAAAGAUCCUUCAUAAAAGAAAGUACUGCAUUUUAAUGUACUGUACAUCAGUAUUAAAAGCUAACAUUUAUGAAAUGUAGUGGAGUAAAAAGUAUGAUAUAUGCUUUAUAAUGUAGUGAAUUAUUUUUUUCCCGAAGAAAAAACAUUCUGAUAAAAUACAGAUAUUUAAAAAUGUACUUGAAAGUAAAAAUACUUAAGUACAACACUGCUUCUGAUUGGAUCUCUUUCCCCUCAUUAAUAGUUUUAUUUUGUUUUUAUUAGUUGGCAAAUGUAUUUAAAUAUGUAUUCAUCAGAUUAUUUGUUACUUCAGUGAAAGCAUGUUCUAAAGCAUCUUGUUGACAUUUCUGUUUUUUGGGCAUCCUCUGUCCCCCACUUCCUACAGUAGGCUACCUAGCUACACACGACCCUCACACCCUAAUACAAAACUGUGUUUUCCUCCUGGCUGAUUUUCUACUGUAGGCUAUUAGAGAGUGAUAAAGUCAAUGAUUUUUGAGUUGUUUUCUUGUUUAAUGGCUUUUAUCUGGCAAAUGAGUGUUUGAGACUUUGGGUUCAGCAUUCUUAUCAAAGUGUGAUCGUCCCCACUCCCCAGUCAAGUCAUGUCGACCAGUCAAUCAAGUUGUGUUUUUUAUGGCCUGUCAGUCUUGUUGGCAGUUAUGUUUUAUGACCUGUUGUUGUACCCCCAACUACACCUGGCAACACAGCCGGUGUGAAAGCCGUCUGCUGGGGCUGCGUUGAUUAAAUGAAAUGUUUGUGCACGUGACGUUUCUUCUAAAAGUGAGUUGGUUCCAGGUUUAAGACUUUUAUCUGACGAAUGAUGAAAGUGUUUGAGACUUUGAUGUCUGCAUUCUUAUCAAUGUGCCGUUUCUCAUUUGAUCUUUUUCAUAAUGUUUUCAUACGUUUUUCAGCUUUAUUUUCUUACUGUACACUUCUAACAUCACUUGCAUGGUUACUUAUUUCUCGUUUUUAGUUAUAAUUGUUCAGAUGACCUUUGUUUGAAAUAAUUGUUUGAUAUUGUACAAAAGUCUAAUUCUUAAGUUUUGACCUGUUCAUUGUUUUGAGUUCUUGUUGAAUUGUCUUAUUUCCCUCACUGAUUUAUCCAAAAUGUCUCUUUAAUGCUGGUAAGAUCAGCUGUUCUAAGUUUUCUCAUUGUUCGAGCCGUGUUUUAGGGUUGAUGUGUGUUUGCUUUGAUUUCAUAAAAAACAAGUAUUUACAUCCAAAACCUUCUUCAUCUUAAUGUCUCUAUUUAUUUUAUUGCACAUCUAGUAUUUUUGCUAUUGCGUAUGUAUGUUUAUUCUUACACAUUGUCAACAAUAUUUGGCACAAAAUGUGCAUGCAGUCCCUAUGAGCUAAAUAUAAGGUCGCUGUGCUGUAGCUCAGCUGUAUUUGACUAAAUUCACAGCUUGACUUAGGUUAGUUUUUCUUAGAAAGGAGGAAAGGAAAGUUGUUUAAAGUGUCAAUCAGAAAACCUGUUUGCUUGGAAUAAACCCACAUACAAACUGCUAAAUGUAAUUUGCUUACAAGAAUUACAACUUGUGUUCGUGUGUCAACACAAUACUUUUUCCAUGAAACUCUGAUUAUUUAUUGUUCUGUAUUAGUAGUCUGUAUAAGCCGUUUUCAUGGCAAUUAUAACAGCAAAUAAAGGAAAUAUAUUUCUUUAGUCCUGAUGCCAGAAACUAUUCAAAGUUAACUCUCUUCUGAUGCAGUGUGCAUUCUUCAUGCCGCCGUUCAGACUUGAAAUAGAUCAACUGUACAUGAAUUCCUGAAACGGAUCUAAUUAUACCAUAAUAUUGCUGUUUCAUUAACCGAGCAAAAACAAAUGUAGAUUUUUACAGACCACAUUGAUCCCACCUAUCCAAAAUCAUUCAAUUUAGCACAAUCUCAUCCAUAUAAAAAAGUCUAAUGUUUUAGUGAACCUCUGAACAAUCACCUACGUAUUGAUCAGUGACACAGAUUUGUGAAGUGAUCAUGAGUUGCUGGUGAGACGAAAGAUUUUCAGCUAUGGUGGCAUUGUUAGUUCUGGUUUUGUGUCGUUUUUUUUCCAUCUGUUUAUGAAUCUGUUGAAGUCCCAAUCUUUAAAAAAUACGCAAAAAGUUGUUUUGAAGUGAUAUUUAGAAAUGUUACUGUCCUUACAUACCACAUGUGCGGCACUUUCUUGUAAAUGUAAAACAUUUGUCACUCUUUUGCUGUUGUUACAAUAGCCCUGUCUUCAGUUUUUAUAAUUUGCCACUAUUUCCACAAACGAUUUAUUACUUGUCUCACAACAGAUGACAAAAACUGCAUUUAAUUCUGGUUUAUUUCGAGAUGAAAGUGCAGUUGGUGUGAAGCAGCACAGUUGUUAUGUAGUAAAUGUUGGAGAACAUCUUCUGGAAGUGUAAUGGCUAAGCGCUCACUUGCCUUGUUUGGAGUGAACCCUUGCUGUUUCAAACCACAUUGAUCCUACUUAUCUGAGAACUCUGUUAGGUUUAUAUUCAAUAAGCACAUCUGCAAUGUAUUUAGCUCCUAGGCCAUUGAGUGAUCGAUACACGUCAUACAGCUUAAAAUCCAUUCCACAUGUAACUGGAAGCCAUUGUAAGGACUUGAGGGUUGGGGUGAUAUGAUGUUUUGGUUUUGGUCAGAAUCCUGUCAGCGGCGCUCUGUAUGAGCUACAGAUGUCUGAUGGUCUUUUUGGAAAUAAGAAGUCCGCUGCAGUAAUCCACCCCGCUGGUGAUGAAAGCAUGGCUUGAGACAAAACAUAUGACUAUGGCGAUAUUUCUGAGAUGGCAGUCAGCUGAUUUGUGUAUUGCUUUGACGUGACUGUUGAAUCUAAACUACAGCAAGAUUGACUUUAUUUUGUGUCUUUAGGCCCCUUUAGUCAAAGUAUGUAUUUCAUCUUUGUUUCCAAUGCAGUGACUUGAGUUUUGUCUUUAUUGAACUGAAGGAAGUUUUGAAACAGCCAGUGUCAUGUGACAUUUUAAAAUAUAACCUGACAAAUUAAUUCUCAGAGAAGGUAUUUUUUACUAAUAUAUUAAAUCAUCUGUUUUACAUGAGAGAAUAUCAAUCUAUGCAGGAGUUUUCUUUUUUUAUAAGAUUCACAAAGAAAAAAAAGAUUCACAUUUGAAAGACAACAUCAUUUGUAAGAUUUCUAGGAACUAAAAUGUACAAACCAGAAGCAAUAAAACAACAAAUGUAGAAGGGAGGACUCUUCAUAGACAACAACUUGUUAUUUUCAUGUGGAUAUGAACUGUUAUGGAUGUCACAAUUCACUUGCCUGACUAUGGAAAACUGUUAAAGAUGCGUUACUUUGAGACAUCACAUGGUUACAUUGUACAUUAAAACUACCUGAUAGAUAGGAUCUGAAAUUCUUGAAAGCAAACCUGUGCGUGUGCAUGCGUGUAUUUUAUUAAAGAUGAUGAAAUUCUGACUUGAGAGUACAGACAUACAUCUUGUGUUGUAUUUAAUUUCUCAUUUCCUUAUCCUUAAUAUUCUUUAUUUUAAUUCUUUACCAUUUUCUUAUGCAUUUAAUUUAUUAGUUAUAGAUGAUAUUCAUUUCUAUAAUUAUUAUGUUCUAUAUUACUUUUCUUAAUGUGUGUGUGUGUCUGUGGAGUUGUGAGUCCGUGUGAACCUGUGUGUGCGUGUCUGUCUUCUGUGUUUUUACUUGACUAUAUUACUAUAGUCAAUAUGUUUAUAUAUAUGUUACUAUAUUCUACAUUCGGUUGGAUGCUGCGUUUGCAUUGUCUUCACAAGUAGAUAUGAGUUUGCGUGGUCUCGUUCUCAAGGUUCUUGAUAAGGUCACGAGACGAUGUUGUUCCUACUGUCUAUGUUGGUAUAAUGGCACCUGAUGAAUGUGUUUCUAGUCAGACGGAGAUAGAAUGGGCAUCCGAACCCAACUGUGAUUUCUCUCUACAAUAAACUUUGCUCAUUUUAUUCUAACAUCACUUCGUCUCCUGCCUGCUGUUCUUCCCCUGACAUCCGUGUCUGCAGGAGAGUUAGAUCUGUCAGUGUUGGCGUAUGAACGAGGUGGAACAAUACUACGGUAUCAUUUUGGAUCUGUUGAGCUGUUGAACAGCAGUCGGUCGGAUCAGCAUCAUCUGCUGGGUGAUGACGAGACGUCAGAUUACAGGAACACACGGAGGAGAACUGUCUGUACUCCACUCAAACACACACAACCAUCUGAACAACACACACACUCGCACAGAUCUGUCGGAUGGCUUCUCUCAGUGGCACAGUCAGCCAUCCCAUAAUCACCUGGAGGUGGUUGCGCAGUCAAAGUACUCGGGCGUGUCGGGCUGCAGUGACGCCGCUGUGAGUCAGGGCUCGGCCAGCAGCACUCCCAGUACAGAACUCAUACUGGGUGGUAAAGCAAUAUCUGAGGACGGACCCGCCUGUAGAGUCCUGUUGAGAAAAGAGGUUCUGCGUUUGGUCAUCCAUCUCAGUUCAUCCGUCGGGACCAAAGGUCAUGAAACCGGACUGCUCACUUAAGGCCGAAUGGCAAACUAUACGCGAUAGGGCUGGGUGGAAUGACGGAAUAUUAUGUUACUGUGGAAUAAAAUGUCAACCGUAAGAGAGUUUUCUAUUCCGCGGAAUGUAAAUAAGUAGGCGUGGUUAACUCGACGCUCUGCAGGUUAGCGUUAUUUUGAAAAAAAAAAACAAGUGAAUUAAUCCACCCAUAACAAAUUAACGCAUCAAAUAUUCUUUUGAGCUUCUUUCAGUCUGUAGUUUUGUGAUCCGCUCCAGUCCGGCGCUUCUCUCACCCACAGUGCUCGUGCAGGGAUCUCUGCGAGCAUAUAAAAAAGCUCAUACUCACCACGUAGGCCUAUUUCAGAAUUCAGAUUGCAUGGUGAAGCUGUUAAUAGUUUUAAUAAAGUUUAACUUCAGGCGAGCCAAGGUGAAACUUGCGUUGAAACGUGCGAUGA